UUCUCGGAACGGCAUGCACUUCGUCAACCGAAAGCACGGUAUGCGCACUUCGCAACACUGGAUGCAAAGACGGCGUGUGUGCUUGUAACCUUGGAUACAAAGGCAGUGUGACUUGCAGCUUGAUCGUUGGAACAUCAUGCACUGCACAAAACGAAGCUACAGUUUGCAGUCUAGAGAAUGCCGAAUGUAAAGAAAGUGAGUGUGCUUGUAAGCCUGGAUACUAUGGCAACACGUGUCUCAAAAUUAUUGGAAGUGAUUGUAGCGGUAGUGCUGCAUGUCCUGGCGAUGCUAAUGCAAUGUGUAAAAGUGAUAAAUGUGAAUGUAAAGAAGGCUAUGCAGAAAAGAAUGACGUUUGCACACAGAAUGUCGAUGGAAUUGAUUGCUCAAAUGCUAAAACUGCAUGUGACAAUACUGAAAAUGCCGUAUGUGACACAGACAAUGGUAAAUGUAAAUGUAAAUCUGGCUACAAGAUGGAUAUCGACAAAUGUGAAAUGGAGAAUUCUGCUGCAAUGACCGGAUAUGGGGCGAUUGUACUGGCGUUGUCACUUCUGGCAUCAUACCUUAUGCUGCUCUAAGGGAAAUCAAGUUUGUUUGUUUCGUAUGGAUUUUCUAUACUCUACACAGUCCUUCUUUGCACAUAUGAAAAAGACUUAUGUUUUGGAUUCAAUAUUAAUAAAUAAAUGUCACAUAAGUAACAAAAAUACCUUAUGUCCAUAUUUCAUAGCUCACUACGUUUUUAUUCAUUUCGAUAUAGUUUAUAGAAAACGCAUUGAUUUGAAGGUGACAUUGAAGUUAACAUCCCGAGAAAAAAAACCUUUUAAUGAGUGAUUAAUAUAUUUCCUUCCUUUUCUGUUACUCAAAAGCCUAUACAUGAUUCAUUUUAUUAUCUUGCAGUCUAGGACUGAAAUGAUAACAAAUUUUCACAAACCUGUUACAUUAUUAACUGAUAUCAACCAAUCUCCUGACAAUGAACAAAUGAAUUGUGAAGUUAUUUACUUUUCCUUUGAAUGCAUGUCGAUAUCUUCCAGCAAUAACCAUAAGUGAGCUGUGCUUCAAUUACUAUUGCAUCAUAGUUUGGGGACCUUUCUAUUGAAAAUGUGUCAAGAGUCAAAUCGUAUAUAUAUACAGGCACAGUGCGUGAAUUGGACUGCAGGUAUAAGUUACCCGCACUCCAGGGCAUGCCCAUUGAUUGGCUCAUUUUGGCUGGGGUUAACUUAUAGUGACGAAAAGGGAGAGCAUAUUAAGAUGCAUGUUCAUUGGUUAUUUUUUUCUGGGAUUUCAUAUUGUGCCACGAGGGAGAGUUUGUUUUAUGUUCGACUAUGAUUCAAAAGGGAAAGAACAUCAAAACACUCGGACAUCCGAUUAAUACUCGGGGGCUACGCCCCCUCGUACAAAUCAGAUUGCCCCGUGUUUCGAUGCUCUUUCUAUUACUUAAAACACAAGUCUUUUUAUAAGGAUAAUCAUCUUGGUUCAAUCUGAUCGUUUUAAAUUAAACUGCAAAACUAAAUCUUUCCAUUUGAAAAAAUAUUGUUUUAAAUAAUUUAGCUGUGUAACUCUCUUUUUGCUUUUGGCAUUUGAAUUUGAUACACUGAGUUAAACCCUGAAAGUCAUCAGACAUUCUAACUAUUCUACAAAAAAGUUCAAACCACAAAAUCACUUUUAGACGAUUAAGAACUAAUUUUCUGUUGCUCACAGUUUCUCUGCCGAAGAUCCCGCGUAGUGAAUUUUGUAUAUAUUAGAAUUUUAUUUAUGUUGUGUCAUUGCACAAUUAUUAUUCAUCUGGAACACUUUCAUUACCAAAAAGGAAAACUUCACUUGCCUAAUGAAUUAGCAACAUUGCAAAAAAAAUGAAAGUCAUGGAAGAUGAGCCGCUUUUCAAUAAAUCCAUGUAAAUAUUUUCUAUUUCACUCUCGUAAAAUGAAAACUUUCGGGAUGAGACAUAUAGGCUCCUGAUGAAUUCUGAGUUAAUGUUCAAUGAUUUCCUAAAAAUUGCAAAAAGGACAAAUAACCGGUUAAU